AUGGUUCCAGCCGGUGUACGGAUGGACCUCGCCGACGGAUCGGUGCGACUACCUGACGAAGUUGGAACACCGCUUAAUUGUCGUAAGCGAUUGUAUGGCGAAAAGGUGAGAUCAGUGAUUCUCGAACGAUCUCUACGAAUCCCGGUUGGCCAGUCGGAAGAAAUAGCGGCGAAGAUCAAAUUGGCUUCCACGGAGAAACUGUGGGUGACCAGGGUAGAACGAUGGGUACGGACCGUGACGGAAGGCCCCGGUCGCAUCCGCUACCUGGUGACCUCGAACGUUGGCGAAGAGAUCCUACGGCUGGACCACCGUCUGGACAUCGAAUCUCGAUCGAGGGCGCGAAUUGCCGACGCGAACCAGAUCGAGGCUGAAUUUCUCGAUCCAGAAAGGGGACGUCCAUCUACGCCAACGACUAGCCCCGAUGGCGAUCGAUACCUGAGCGGCAAUGCUGAGGGCGUCGGAAUAAGUGAGAGCAUGCCAGAUGAGGCCACCGAUCGGACGGACACCAAUGAUGCUAAGACGGAAAAUCAGACUGACGUCGGGAAUACCGAGCCGAGAACGGGAAAUCUGAACUGUCAAACUCAGAUCAAGCUCGAUACCGGCGAAGUCUCCGGUGUUAAAUCCCCGAUCCACCCGACUGAGGUCGUCGACCUACGAGAUUCGCUGGCGGAAGGAGAAGCAGCGACCACCCCACAAGAUACCGAGGACGAGGAUGGGAUAUAUUCCCACGAGAGUGAUGAUCUCUCAGCUGAAGAUCUAGAAGGAAACUUGGCCGUUCUCCCCGAAAUCCCGAUCUCGACGACCGCGAAGGUCAGCAUCGAGGAUCUGCAGGCUUGCGAUAAGUGGAAUUUAUCGAUCAGAGUAGCCAAGAGCUUGUCGGGCAUGGAUAAGGUGGUAUAUCUGGGACACCGAGUGUCGAUCGGAGGUCUGGAGGCGAACCCGAAAAACCUGAAAUCGCUAACCGAUCUGCCAUUCCCCGGAUCACUUCGAUCUAUGCAGUCAUUCCUGGGUAGUUUGAAUUACUGCAGCCGAUUCAAUGAAGAUUACGCUAUUUAUGCUUCGGUGCUCUACGAAUUACGUGAGGUGGAGUUUGCAGAAGUGGAGAAACGAUCGGAUCUGAGGGAGAUCAUGGACCGGAACGACCCGAUUCCACAAGAUCUCGGCCCUCCGGAACUGAAGUUGACGGAACCAGUGGAUGAGAGGUGGAUCAGAGCACAUAGGGCCUUCACCGCCUUGAAAACCAAGAUCGCGACUACCCCAAUCCUCCUCCAUUUCGACGAGACGAGAAUGCCGGUAGUUAUCGUAUAUGCCAGCGAUUGGGCGAUAUCCGCCUCGUUGGCGCAAGAACACGACGGGAUCUAUCACCCGGUGGCGUUCGCCAGUCGUACCUUGAAGACGAACGGAUUGAAUUACAAUGUGACCGAGAAGGAGGUGUUGGCAUUGCUAAUGGUCCGCCCUCCUGGCCCCGUGGACGCUCGAGAUCACGAAGUGCACGAAGGGCGAGGACGAAAUACUGGGGGCAAUCGCUGCCAGCACCACAGCGAGGGCGAAGAUGGACGAUCCUCUGACCGAAAUCGCUCCCCGGAAGGAACCUAA